UAUAAGAUUCAGUUAAUUAAACAAAGAAAACUGUGUUAAAAAAAACAAUUUAACAAAGAAAACAAAACACAUAACUAGUUUUAGUAAGAGAAGCACCAACUUUGUAAAUGAAUCGACUACUUAUUGAGUUUUUUUUUAUUUUAAAUUAAUUUUUGAUUUUUUAUCAAGUUUUCUAUUUUUUAUUUAUUUUUGAAUUAUUAUUUAAUUUUUAGUAUUUUAUUAGUUAAAGAUGAUUUUUUGAAAAAAAACCGACACAUCAUCGGUUUUACAUAUACAACUGGUCAUAUGUUUACUUGAUGAACAAGUAAAUCAGGUUGAAGAGAUUUUGUGAUACAAAUAUCACCCUGAAAGUUAAAAAUGGUAUCCAAAAAAUUUCAAGGUUUAAAGUUUCAGUAAGUGUCAUUUUAUGGUUAUAUGUGAUUUCUCCUUCUCCAAACAAAGUAAAAUUCUUAAAAAAUUUAUAUUGUACUGAUAUAUGAGAUUUUUCGGAUUUUUUUGAAUUUUUUUUCUGAAUUUUUUUGUUGUCCAGGAAAUUUUGGAUUCAUAUUUGAUAAUGUAUAAAUUUGAUUUAAAAAAAAAAACUUAAUAAUCUAUCAAAACAAGCAUGACCAUAUUACCAAGUUUGAUAAACUCAAAGAUUCUUGUUUCAUUUGAUUGGAGAAAAUGAUUGUCUAUGACUCUCACGUCUGAUCUUCACAUGGCACUUAUUAUUUAACAAAUUAUAAAGAUCCACUCUUAUCAACUACUUUUUAAGCCUUCCAUGCAGUUCCCAUGGCCGAUACAAAGGAAACUUUGUUGUUGGACAAAGAACCAAGCCAACCAGAGCAAUUUAUUACACACAAGUGUUGUUCUUAGUUGGAACACUAUCCGCGUGACCUUUUUAGGAACAAGAAAAAUGAAUAGGACACAAAUGUAUAGGAAUGAAAUCGUAAAAAUUAAAAGAAACACUUUUUCUUCACAAAUUUAACCAAUAUUUUUCUACAAAAAAUGAACGAAAAGAAAUAAAAAAAAAAUUCUGCGUGAAUAGUAAUUUUUUUAAGAAUGAUAAGAAAUUCAAUGUUUGUCUUCAUUCCUUGGUCACUAUUCAAAACUAGUUGUUCAUAUAAUAUGGAAUAAUAUCCUUUAUCCAUGUUGAUAUAAUGUUAGUCAAAUUCAUAUACUUUAAGUUUAAUUUAUUAUCUAAUAAACAUCAAACUAUUCAUGAAUGAAUGAAUUUUCGAUAUUUUAUACAUGAAUGUAUCAAAUUUAUACACGAGUGUAUCAGUUAAUUAUGUAUUUAGUUUAAUGUAUUUUGAGAUAAUUUUUUGUAUAUUUAGCAGAUUUUCAACUACAUAGAUUUCAGUUUCAUUAAAAGUAGUAAGAUUCACUUAAUCAACACAAAGAAAACAAAACACAUGACUAGUUAAUAAGUGAAGCACCAAAUUUGUAAAUGAAUCAACGACGAAGAUCACAAUGGAAACAAAAAUAAAAUAAAAUUGACUAUUUAAAUAAAUAACAAUGACUCUGGAAAUAGAUCUCAUAUAUUGUUCAUAUAUAUAAACACACGUGAACAACCAAUAUAUGCAAGAAACAAAAAGAACAAGAAAAAAAAACUCUUCUCUUUUCUUCAGACAAUCUAAUACACACAAAUACAGAAGUUUCAUCAUGAACUACUCUCCUAAGACGGUGUUCUUGUUCUUCCUCUCGUGCAUUGUGCUGAUUUUCAACUACGGCCUCGUCACCACCGCAGCAAGUAACGUAGGCUUGAACUACGGCCUCCUUGGAGACAAUCUCCCACCUCCAUCAAAUGUUAUCAACCUCUACAAGUCCAUUGGCAUUACCAAAGUCCGUAUCUUCGACCCAAAUACCGAGGUUCUUAAUGCCUUACGCGGCCACCGUGAUAUCAAAGUCACCGUAGGCGUUAGAGACCAAGACUUGGCUCCUCUUGCAGCCAGCGAAGACGCUGUUAAAGCCUGGUUCGCGACCAACAUAGAGCCUUACUUAGCUGAUGUCAACAUCGCUUUCAUUACCGUUGGUAAUGAAGUCAUCCCUGGACCGAUCGGUCCUCACGUUCUUCCCGUCAUGACGUCUCUCACCAACCUCGUCAAGUCAAGGAAUCUUCCGAUCUCCAUAAGCACUGUUGUGUCCAUGGCAAACCUCGGACAGUCCUACCCACCUUCCGCGGGAAUGUUCACGUCCCAGGCGCGUGAACAACUCACCCCGGUGCUGAAGUUUCUGUCUCAAACGAGUACGCCGAUCCUCGUCAACAUCUACCCUUACUUCCCUUACGCAACCGACCCGGUGAACAUUCACCUCGACUACGCCAUUUCCAAGAGCAAGGCUAUCGUGGUACAUGACGGACCACUGGGAUAUUCAAACAUGUUUGAUGCCAUGUUCGACGCAUUCUUGUGGGCAAUGGAGAAGGAAGGCGUCAAGGGUUUACCAAUGGUGGUGUCUGAGACUGGAUGGCCGUCCGCGGGCAACGGAGACAUGACCACGCCGCUUAUUGCAGCUACCUAUAAUGGAAACUUUGUGAAGCAUGUAGAUAGCGGCAAAGGGACACCGAAGAGGCCUAACAGCCGUGUCGACGGGUUUUUAUUCGCAACGUUCAAUGAGAACCAGAAGCCGCCAGGGACUGAACAGAACUUUGGAUUGUACAAUCCUGUUGAUAUGAAACCUAUCUAUAAGCUAUUUUGAGUGUGAAAGUUUCUAUGAGUUUCCUGUUUUUUUUUACUAAUUAUAAUGCUCUAGUUGUUUUUUUUUUGCUUAAUUAAAGUAAAGAUCAACAACAAUAUAUACCACACAUGUAAUAAACUAUUGGUUUCGAUGAGGUGAUGAAAUCUCUUACAAACCAUAGUUGGCUUUGGAACCAUUUUUUUUUCUUCUGAUUAUUAGUACAAGAGAAAUGCUCUUUUAU